GUUGCAAACCCUGUGAUGACUACGGAGGUGAAAACCCAGUUGACUGAGCAACCACUAGUGAGUCCAAAGGCAGAGCCCGAGCCCAAGAAAAAACCAGAGCACUUUCCGAAGAGCCACGGGGAUGUGGGAUUCCAGAAAGAGCCUGUGGUCCCAGGCAUUGUGGAUUUCGAGUUGAUCCAAGAGGAGCUGAAGACCUCCUCUAAGCCCCAAACACCAAGUGCCUAUCGCUUCGGACGCCUCAGCCACCACUCCUUCUUCUCCCGGCACCACCCCCAGCCACAGCGUGUGACACACAUCCAAGAUCUCACCGGGAAGCCUGUGUGUAUGGUCAGGGACGAGUUCUCUUUGGCACCCGUGACUCAGUCGGCACUCUUAUCCAGCUGUCUGAUGGGGAUGCCCACCAUCUCAGUCCCCAUUGGGGACCCACAGUCCAACCGGAACCCCCAGCUUCCUCCUGACCUCUGGAAGAAAAAUCUAAAGGACCUAGCUUCCCGAGUGGCUGUCUUCACUAAGGAAAACGAGUCACGGACUAACGAGGCUGGUGCUGAACCAAAGAGCGAGCCUGGAAAGAAAGCCUUGCCAAAGGAAGAGCCUCCUGUGAGGGAGCAGGGGGCAAAGUACUCAGCCGAGACUGGUAGGCUUAUCCCGGCUUCCAGCCAAGCUCUUAGCCGCCGCAGCCGCCAGGGCCAGCGGGGCCACCCUUCUGCCAGAGACGGAGGAGCCCAAGCCUCCGUUCUGGAGGACCAGGAGCUACUGAUCUUGGAGCUUCUUUGUCAGAUUCUACAGAUGGAUUCUUUAAGUGCCAUUCAGUUCUGGCUGCUCUAUGCGCCACCAAAGGAAAAAGACUUGGCGCUGGGACUUCUGCAGACGGCGGUGGCUCAGCUCAUCCCCCAGUCCCUCCCAACCCUCCUAGAGGAGAAGCUCUUGAACCAGCUCCAAGAGCUUCAAGAACCUCCUCAAGAGAUACAACAGGCAACCUACAGUCCAUCCCUGAAGAAGACGAAGACGCCGCCUCUAUCCAAGACGGAGAAACCAGAGUUCAUUGGCAAAGCCCAAGUCCUCCGCGUGCAUUCCAGCGAGGACUCAGAGGAGAAAACGACCAAGUCAAAGGCCGAGAGCUGAGGAACACAACCCAGAGCCCGGAGACUUCUGUCUAGCUCAAAG